AUGUCGAAAAGUGCUCAGUCACUCCUGCCAGUCCUUAGUUUAUUUCGAAACAAAAAAAACCACAAGAGUAACCACUCAGAAAUCAACCAGAUUAUUAAACUCUACGCAUCAGAAGCAGAACGUCAUUUCAUUCGUUGCUUAUUUUCUUCAAUCGACUGUUCGAAUGAAACAAAGUCUCAAAAAGACUUACACCAGGUUCAGUAUUUCAGUCAAGAACUCAGCAAAUUACUUACAAAGUUCAAUUUCGUGUCACUUAUCUGUUACUCCAUAGAAAAGCCUCUACUAACACACAAGAAUGAUAUAUCACCUAUAAGAUUGUUUUCACAAAUCACUCAGAUUUCAACAUUAAAUCGUCUACAAGAAGUGAUUCUUGGUCUUUCACUUACGCAUACAAAUGAUGCCCAACUGAAUACUAGUGCAAAACACUGGGUUCACCAAAAACUAUCAGAUUUUAUUCAAGCACACCUUGCUGUUGAUAAUGUUCAAACAGCAAAUACUUGCGGUAGCUCUACUAGUGCUGGUGGUAGUGUACAAUUAUCGAAUAUUAUCGAUGGUCAAACAACAAGUACACUUAGUUCGAAACCCCUUCAAGACUCAUCAAAUACAUACAGUUUACAUGAAAUUAGCACAGAAUUAUUACAUUUCAUUCUGAGUCAUCUAUUUGAAGAUAGUGAGCAUUAUGGAUUAUCAGAUAGUGUGAUGACAAAUUUUAUCUAUUCUUUACGCACAGAUUAUCCUCGUGGCUGUUCAUCAAUGUUGCUUAACACCUUUUUAUAUCCAGAUAUUGUUGGUCAUCCAAUGAUUAUUAAAACAUAUCAAACUGGUUUCAGUAUGGGUAAAUCUGUCCCGUGUAUUUUUGGUGCUAAAUCAAAUUCUAUAAUUCAAAUCGGGUCGACAAAUAUGACAACAAGUGAACCGGUGACUUUGUUAUCAAUGUUUACAAAAUCUUCAAUAUGUGGUUGUGGAUUAUCUUCGAGUGAUCCUUUUAUAGUUGCAGAUUUCUUGGAAGAAUUAGGCUAUGCUUGUACAAUAACACUGGAAUCAAUGCGUUCAGUACUAAAUUGCUUUGAAGUAGAUGAAUUGAGUCCAACAGUCAUUGCAAAAUGUUUAUGUUUAUUCUUUCGAACGGCUGACGGACAAUUGAAUACUGAUGAAGAACACGAGAAUAGUAAGGCGUAUAUUACAGCCUAUAAUAAAGUAAUGUUAUACAAUGCUCAGUGUAAAGAUUUACAACAAUCACAAUUAGGUGAUACUUUAUAUACUAAUGCAGACGACAUGACUUCAUCAAUAUCGACAUGGAAUGUGGAAAAUUUUCUCAUUGUUCUAAUUGAAAUGAUUCCUAAUCUGAAAAUUAUCACAGUGUUAAAUGAACUCGACUGUCCAGAAUUCAUGAUAACAAGCCGUCAGUCUUUCAAUUUAUUUAAACAAAUCAUUUUCUAUGCAAAUCAAUCAAAUCUUCCCAAAGAAUUCUUUUAUCGUCCAUGGGUAAAUGUCUAUGGACAGUUGAGUUUACUACACUGUUGUUGUAUAUAUCCUGAUAUCAUAUGUCUAGCGUAUUGGCCGUAUCGAUAUAUUGAUAUGAGUCUGUAUCAUAUCUCAUCAGAUGAAGAACAUGGUGUACUAUUACAAAUAUGGAAGAAUAUCGACUAUGUUCAAGCAUUGCUAAAUCUGUCUGAAAGAGGCUUAUAUUCUGAUAUCUACCGAUUACUUAAACAGGCAUUCAUUCUAUGCCCAGAUAUUCUGACAGCCACCUUACUUGAAACGAAAUUUUGUACUCUACGUAAUGUAAUGCUUGGUCAUGCAUUCAUAUACUUCCUUACAAACCGAUUGAAUUCACAGAUUAUUCUACAAACUGCAUGGAAUGGUGGAAAAUCGAUUGUUCUAACAAGUACAGAACUGCAACAUCAACGUCAUUUAUUGAUAGCCUCAUGUAUUAACUAUACAGCUCAAUUGUUAUGUGAUGAAACAUCAAGUGAAUCGUGUACACUCUAUCCAUCAUCUUUAUCUCCACAAAGUCUACAUAUUGUAAAGGAUAAUAAUAAUGAUAACAAUGAUAAUAAUGUAUCAGUGAAUUUUUCACGAUUCAUUGAAUUACUUGCCAGUAUCACGGAUACAAAUGUACAUGGAUAUGAUCUACUACCUUUAUUGUUAGGUACAACUGAAUCUUCAUCUAUAGCGAUUUCAAAUCUCUUACAUUCUCCUACAUCAUCAUCAUUAUCAUUAUCAGAUGGUAACAGUGGAAAAAAUGUUUUCGAUCCUGGUAACAUUGAUAAUAUAGCUGGUUUACCUAUUCAUUUAUUAUUACCACCAAAUCAAUCGAUUGAUUUAACUCUAGUUCUAGUUGUAUGUAUGGUAAAUGCUAUCAAUUCAGAGAAUAAUACUACAACCUCAAUAACAUCUGUUCAGAUUGCAAUUAAAUCAUUUUUAUCACAAUGGUUCACUGAACACUUUCAUGAUAAAAUAACAGCGGAUCCUUUCGCUUAUGCUGUUGUCGAUUAUUUACGUGCAAAGUAUUCAUCAUAUAUUGCUCCGGAUACAGCUUGCCUUCCACGUAGUAAACAAGUUCUACCUGUUGAACUUCGUAAACCGUCUCUUAGUCUAUUGACGCAUAUUAUUCAAUCAGCGCAAGCAGCUCUGAGAUCGGGUCCGUGUUUUGUUUCUCGUUCAGUGCUUACUGAAGUACACCAAUCACUUAACUCUUUGCUGCAACUUGUAAUUAAUUCAGCCCUUAAUCGUUCUACCAAUCAAUCUGUAUCGUCGACCAACGUUAGUAAUAACGUAUCGGCUAUGAAAACAAGUGUUGCCGGUUCAACUCAAUCUCAUUUACAAACAACGAGAGCAUCAAGUUCUACUGCUUCCACGAAUCUCCGACUUCCAGCGACCAAUCUACCAACAGUUGCCACUUUAACUCCAUCCCAUAAGUUUGCUACAAAUGUUGAUUCAAAUGCUGGUGUAACGCGUAGUAUUAACGCUAAUACCCUGAACAACAACAAUAAAUUGAAUCCUAGUAGUAUGCAACAGGUUAGCAAUCCUCUUACAUUACAGCUUGCAGCUCGACGUAAAGCACAAGCUUCUGGUAUGGUUGGUCCAUCUGUGACAACAGAUACAAUUCAAACGUUGAAUAACAAUUUUAUAACUAGUAUUUCAGCUGUAAUGGAACAUCCUCCUAUGGAACUUUCAUUCGUGAAUGAACCUAUCAAAAUCCAGUUGAGCAAAGAAGCUGAAGCAGAAGCUAAUACAUUUUUUCAAAAAUUGUUAGAAGGUAUCAAUCCACCUGAUGAAAUGUUUAAAACGUUAUAUGAUUUUGCAACUCAAGGAACUCCUGUUCAACGCAAACUUUUAGAUGGAAUUUUACGUAUGCUAGCUGAUGAAGUAUCACGUCAUUUACAAGAUUAUCCUGAAGUGAUGUUACCAUUAAUUGCUGACCUCUAUGGUAGUGUUCUUGCUGCUAGUACUCAUCUCUUUUCUAUACGUGCUCUAUCAAUGUUAUGGCGUUCUGUGUUAGCUCGAUUGUUUAUUCUACCACCAGAGACUCAUAUGGAUUCACCAUUGUUUCGUGCAAUGAUUCAUAUCCUUAUGAAAGCUAAAAACACAUUUGUGCAUUUCUCUAAUCUACCAAAUUGUUUGGCCAGUUGUCCAGUGUUCAAACUGUUUCCACAUGACCUUCAAGGUUACAUUUUAAACUCUGAAAUAGCUAUUAAAAAUUACACAAUCUCACAACAGAAUGCUUCUUUAUCCAAGAAUUUGACAACUACAGGAAAUAAUAAUUCAGUAAAUCAAUUGAUUGGAGGAAAUUAUCAACAUAUUGAGUCUAUGAUACAACCAUCUUCUAGUUUAAAUUUAUCUAUUUGUAUUUCAACUGGCACUAAUGAUGUAUGUAUAAAAGCUCCUGAUCCACCAGAAGAAAGUAUUUCUGAUCGUAUCUACUUUCUAUUCAAUAAUGUCUCAAAGGUGAAUGCUAAAGAAAAGUCAAAUGAAUUAGCCAGUAUAUUAUCUGAAGAUGAAAUUAUUCCUUGGUUUGCUUUUUAUCUUGUUAGUAAAAGAAUUCCUGUAGAACAAACAUUUCAUGAUCUAUUUGCACUUGUUCUUGAUUAUAUACAAGAACGAGUACCAAAUGUUAGACCAAAAGUUAUGUAUGAACUUAUUCGACACAUCAAGUUUCUUUUGCGUAAUAUGCGUUUGGAUAAGGAUGAUAUGCAAGCGCGUAGCACUUUGAAAAAUUUUGGCAGUUUUCUUGGUCUCAUAACUUUGGCGCGUAAUAAACCAGUUCUACACGAUGAUUUAAAUAUUAAAGAUUUAAUUUAUGAAGCCUACUAUAAAGGUCCUAUUCCUACACAAUAUGUUGUACCAUUCGUUGCUCGAGUUGUUCGAGGUGCAACUGAGAGUUUAGUUUUUCGCCCACCGAAUCCAUGGACUAUGGCAAUACUCAAAGUUUUACGUGAAUUAUACGAUAUGGAUAAUGUAAAGGAUUGUCUACGCUUUGAGAUUGAAAUCUUGUAUCGUGCAUUCGAUUUGAAUCUGAAUGAUAUACCAUCUGCACAUUUUUUGCGUGAUCCAUCACAUUCAUCUAACCUGGAUAUCGAAUUAUGCUUCAUUGCUACAACAACAACAACGACGACAACAACAACAACAACUUCAGCUUCUGUGUCUACUACGAGUAUUACAACUGGUCAAAUUAUUGUGUCAACUAAUCCAUCCACAAUAACUAGCGUAGACUCAUCACUUUAUCCAGGUGUUGGUUCUUCGACUGUAACAACCGUGACAACGACAACAUUUUCAACUGGGACAUCUGGAUCGAGUUUAUCAUCACAGCAGCAGCAAAAGCAACAAUUACCCGCCAUGUUCUCUAUGCUUCACAAACAACAACAACAACAGCGUCAACAGGUUUCUGCCUCAGAGUCUGUGUCAACCCAACAGACUGCCUAUUCGGCUUCUGGUUUAGAUAUUGCUAAUUUAGUACAGAACUCUACUGGCUCAUGUUCUACUUCUAAUCGUCAAACAGCAGCUGCACUUGCAGCUGCAGUAGCCGCUAUCAAAAAACAACAGUAUGGUCCAUCUGCAACUUGUACUUCUUCUAUACUAUCUAUGCAACAGCAUCAACAACAGUUGAAUGCUGCAAUGGCUACUUUUCAACAUGGACAACCAUCUACGCAACAACAGGUUCAAAUGUCUCACCAACCACAAACACCACAGAGCAUUUUACCUACGCAUAAUAACUCAAUGGCUGUUGUUACUGCUCAAUCAAAUCCUGUUGGUCCAUUAAAUAAUGAUAUGAGUGGAACAUUGUUCACUGGGCAUUUAUUACGUUAUGAAGAUGUAAAUAUUCGAAGUAUACGUGCUUGUUUAAAUUUAGAUGAAUUAUUAACUAAUGCUGUAAUGAAUAGUCGAAAUACUGGAAAUAAUUCCAAUGUGAUAAAUACAUCAUUCUCUUUAUUACAAGCUAAUCCUAGAUUACGUAGUUUAAUUGAACCGGCUAUUAUACGAUCAAUCAAUGAAUUGACUACACCAGUAUUUGAACGAUGUGCACGUAUCACUGUAACAACUGUUAUUGCUAUAGUACGUAAAGAUUUUGCAUUAGAUCCAGAUCCUACACGUAUAUUAUAUGCUGGUUGUCAAAUGAUUCGACAUCUUGCUGCUGGAAUGUCAUUAAUAACAGCAAGAGAAGCUUUAGGUAUGUCUCUUGUAACAAGUUUAAAGAAUAUUAUACUAUCUGAAAUUCAAUCUGCAACAAUUCAAGACAAAGAAGCUAUUCAACAAUUAGCAUAUUUUAUUGUCGGGAAAAGUAUGCAUAUAUGUCUAGCAUAUAUGCAGAAAUUAGUUGCUGAAAAAGCUGUCAAAGAUGUUGAAAAAAAACUAGAAAAUGAUAUUAAACUACGUACUGAACUUGGCCCAAUACGUUUUAUGGAACAAGCUACAAAUCAAUUGACAUCUCAACAAUCUAAUAUGCCAGAAUCAUUACGUCUUUCAGCUGGUGGUCCAACUGCAACAGAAAUGGCUGUUUAUGAAGAAUUCGGUCGUGUCAUUCCUGGUUUUGCACCAAGUACAUCAGGAACUAUGAUGGGUACAUCGACUUCAUCCAUUUUGCCAACUGCAACUUUAACUUCACUUACAACAGGUCAACAAUCCAUUUCUCCAUCUACUGUAAAUUCUCCUGCUUCUAUGGCUGCAUAUCUUCAGUUAUCUGCGACACAAAAACAACAGCUCUCAUCGACUGGAAUUCUUCAACGACAACCAGCUCCUUCUGUAGGAGUUGCUACUGGAGCACCUGUGAAACCGACAGUCUACCCAACUCCUACCCCUCAACAACCAUCUGGAGGCUACCAAACACCCUUAGCUGGUUUGUUUGAUAAAAUUGUUGGACAGAUAGAACGUCAUUUAGUUGCUAUUUCUGGCCGAUUACGUCCUGCAAAUGAUCCAAUGUGUCAAUCUUUACGUUGUUUAAUUGAUGCACUUCAUCUGGCUAAAACUAGUCGAGAUACAAAUAUAGCCAGUAAUGUGAUCACUGUAAUGGUUCAAAGUUUCCUAGAACACUAUCGACCCAGUUUUUGGAGAGAUCAACCACGUGGAUUAGAAACAAUGGAACAUUUAAAAGAGGCUCAUAUGCUUACUCUUCGUCAUAUGUUAUCUUUCGAACAGACUCCAUUUGGUUAUGCAUGGGUUACUCGACAAGUUACUCAUACAUGGAUCCAUUUAGAUGGAGGUAAUAGUCAAAGUUCUACAUCCUUGUCAAACACUGGAAAUAUUUCAACUACUGACAACCUACAAAAUCAAGAAUCUGAUUUAAUAAACCCUUCCGGGGAUAAAAGUACAUUAGAUAUAGCAGAUGCCUGGGCGGCAGGUGGUUGGAAACAGUUUAAUGAGAAUGCAGGCAAUACCACUUGUGAUAAUCGUCUCGUUUCAAUCAAAUGGAAUUGGGAAGCAUUUGCUGAACUUUUAAGAGUUCAUGUUAUCUAUUUCUCUCAAAUUGAUGCUUAUUUGGCUCAAGAAGUUGCUAAAGGUCAUUCAGGAGCAAUUACUUUUGUAAUUGAUUUAUUGGAUCAUUUUGUUUUGCCUAGUCCAACUGGUACAUCAUUGGGUGCAGCAGCAGCUGCAGCUGCUUGUUAUGCUCGAGCUAAUACAUCUAUUAUCCCUUCACAGUCAAGUAGUGUUAACAAUGGAUCAUCAAGUGGUAAUGUGAAUGUUUCUGGUGGUAAUACUGUUAACUAUCCAAUAAAUUCAUCUAAUAAUUCACUCAUAUGUUCAACAAAACGUGAAUUCACUGUACUUAAUGAAUAUGAUUUAUGGUUAACCUUGGAAGCAAUGAGAAAUCGUGUUGCUUACCUUAACAACACUUUAUCAACACCUUCAUUAACAGAUCCUUUAGGCUUACGAUUAAGAUUAGCUUGUGCACGUGUUCGUGGUCUACUCGAUUUGGGUCUUAUGGAACAGUCACCAUUGUUCACUGGUUCUUCUGCUACAAUUGGUGCAUUAUAUGCUGGUUGUAGUCAAGCUCAUGAGUUCGAUGAUCCUCCUAAUCUUCAAGAAAAAGUAGAAUUGAUUAUGCGAAAUUGGAUUGAAAUCUAUCAAAGCCCUAAACAACGUGAUCCAACUACUAUUGAAAGUCUUCUUAGUCAAUUAACACAAAUCGGUGUCCUACCGAAUAUAAAUAAUUCUACUCGAUUUUUACGUUUAGGUACAAUUUUUGUCAUUGAAAGAGCUAUGAAACAACUUAAAUUACAUGAACAACAACCUCAAACAACUAGUGGGAAUAGUGGAGGAUUACCGAGUAGUAGUGGUGGUGGUGGCGGCGGUGGUGGUGGUACCAAUUCAACUAAUUGUCGUGUUGCAGCUUAUGUGGAAUUGGAUGCCUAUGCUCGUCUAGUCACUAUCCUAAUUAAUCAGUUAGGUGAAACUCCUCAAGGAGAAUAUCCUAAUGCUAAGGUGGCAUUAUUGAAUAAAGUGUUAGGACUUAUUGCUGGUACAUUACUUCAAGAGCAUGAAGUUCGUCGUGAUUUAUUUCAUCCUAUGCCUUUUGAACGUCUUCUGGUUAUUUUAUUUGUUGAACUACAAUCACCUGGAUUAUUACCGCCUACAGGACAAUUUCCUAUUGGUAUUUCACCGAGAUCAGAUGUCAAUACAGAUGAUAUAUGUGUUGAGAAUACAAAUUCAGAUAGUGAUAAUACACAUCAAAAUCUUGACACAGAUAAAAUGUGUACAGGUAAAUCAUCAGGAGAUGGUGUUAAUGAACUUCGAAUCGGUAGUACAUCAAUGAAAUCAUUGGGUCCAUUAACUCUCCAACAGCAAUUACCUCUAAUUUUUUGUCAUCUAUUACACUGUUUAAGACCAGAGAAAGCGACUGCAUUUGUCUUUUCAUGGCUUGAAAUGUUAGCUCAUCGUUGGUUUGUUGGACGUAUCCUAUGUGCUCCAGGUCCUACAAAACUUCGUUCAGCAUAUCAAGCUAUGUAUGCUCAAUUGUUAGCGGAUUUAUUGAAAUUUUUGGGAUAUUUCCUUCAAAAUGCACUUAUGCCUAAACCAAUUCAAUGUUUAUAUAAAGCUACCCUACGCCUUUUAUUAGUAUUGAUACAUGAUUUCCCGGAGUUUGUUUCAGACUAUUAUGCAUUGUUUUGUGAUGUUGUCCCAUCCAACUCCAUUCAGAUGCGUAAUAUCAUUUUAUCUGCAUUGCCUAAACGAGGUAUACCUUCUGCUGACCCUCUACAGGCACCUCCAGUUGAUCAUUUAGCUUCUCUUGAAGAUCCUACUGGAUAUUGCAUGGAAGCUGGUUCUCGCCUUCCAGAACCGAUGCGGUGUGAAUUAGAUGCAUAUCUGACCACUCGGGCUCCUGUGAAACUGCUCAGUGAACUCGUCACAAUGUUGAGGCGUGCUGAUGAUAUAAUGCCACCUUUACCGCCGCCACAGUUCGCCUACCAUCCUCAACAGCAGGCUAGACAUCAACAAGCACUGGCAGCAUAUGCAGUUGCACUAGCAGCAAAUGAUAUCAACGGGAAGAGUAGUGCUGCAGAAGCUUGGGAGGGAAAUUUUCCCGCAGCUGCUGACCAUGAUACUUCAUCUGCAAACAGUACAGCAAGUUGUAGAACAACACUUGCUUUGCCUAGUUCUAUUAGUAGCAGUUCUAGUGCAGCUUUAGCUGCCUUAUUAUGGGGAGUACGUGCAACUCAGCAAUUGGCAACAUUUGGUCUUGCUGAUAGUAUGCAUUACAAUAUUGAAUUAAUGACUAACUUGACAUUAUACGUCUGUAUUACUGCUAUUCGUAGUCUUCGUGAAAAAGGAAUGCCGUUGAAUAUGAGCACUAUUGCACAUACACCUCAAAUGGAUAUCAUUCAAAGUUUAGUGCUAAAUCUUGAUAAUGAAGGUCGUUACCUUCUACUGAAUUGUAUGGCAAAUCAACUUCGUUAUCCUAAUUCUCAUACUUAUUAUUUCAGUUAUACAAUUUUAUAUUUAUUUUCUGAACAAUCUAAAGAACAAGUGAAAGAACAGAUUAGUCGUGUAUUAAUGGAAAGAUUAAUUGUAAAUCGUCCACAUCCAUGGGGAUUAUUAAUGACAAGUGCAGAAUUAUUACGUAAUCCAGCUUACAGAUUUUGGGAGCAUGAAUUUGCUCGAUGUAAUCCAGAGAUUGAAGCAAUUGUGACAAUCGUUGCACGUAGUUGCAUACCUAAUUUUCAAAUUCCAAAUGUAAAUUCUUCUCUUGACAUAAGAUAA